UAUGGUCCAUCAGGUCUGUGGAGCAGAGGGAGAGCACGGAGCAGGAGAGUGCAGAGUUUAUGAGGAAACACAGGAUGAGGUCUCAGGCCAUGAAGAAGACAGUGGCUGUCCGUGCCAAGGUCAUGGACCCUCACAGCAGCCUGAAAGAGGUGUACCAUGAGAAGCUGAAACAGCACCGUCUGAGCAACAAAGGAUGAAAGAGUAUAAGAAGGAGCUACAGGAUAUGAAGACCAGAGUCACUGACCGUCCUUACCUGUUUGAACAGGUGUCACAGAAAAACGCCAAGGCUGACGCAGAUGCAGAGGGAAGCUGGUUUGAAUGAGAGUUUGAAAUGACACCGAUCUUUAAAUCUGAUGACGAUUGUGAUGACCGAAGUAUUGAGAGUAACAUGGAGAAAAGGGAUGGAAACAUAGACGUCUGGGAGAAAAUUGAAGAGGUAGAGGAAGAGAGCGUGAAAACCAGAGUGGAAAUAAAUGUAUGAUCAAAAAGGUCGACCCGGCAUGGAACUCCAUAUAGCCAUUUUGUUUCAAAGAGCACUAUGUUCUAAAAUAAUUCUAGUCUAAUUUAACUAUGUUGACCCAGUCUUUGACUGUCUGACAUGUUUGUUAUGGAUUAUGACCUUUCUAAAGAGGGACAUGGGGCCUCUGGAGCUUUUAAAUUGAUAUUAGCUGGAGCAAAUGUGAGAAAAUGAAUAAAGGUUUAUAUAACUAUAUAUUUAUAAGUCAUUUUGAAUUUUACAAUGGCAGGGUAUUAUGGAAUAUUAAAUGUAUGGCUGCAUAAUAUUUCAAACUUAUUAAAACUGACUAUCAAAGGCUUAUUUGGUUUUAUACAAUUUUGCCGGGAUACGCGUGGCAUUACAAAGGAGAACAGAUACUUAGUAACCAGAUGGAAAAAAAGAGUUUAAAAACAAAACAUAGGCCUACAGUACAAUACUACAGAUUCUGAAUGGUCCUGGUGUAGUUAGUAUGUCAUCCCUCACUGAUAAAUCAAAGUGCUGACAGUGAUCUAAGGGAUAUUAUAGUACGAUAUUAAAUCUGUCAUACAAGGCCAUAAAUAUUUUGCCAAUGGACAGGUCCUAUAAGGACAGGAAAUGUCGGAAAUUGACAUUUCUCUGAUGCUUUGGUUAAGGUCUCUGGCUAUUUCAAGAGCCACAGUGCCAGUUAAGUGUAUAGGUCUAGACAUUCAUCUGCCAUCACAAAAGUUAUGUCAGUGCACUUUCCACGUCAAAUGGGGUUUAAUACUGGCCUCCACUGUGAGCUGAAGCAGUUUACAGCCAAGUAUUCAUGGGAUUUUGCUAACCAGAUGGAAAUAUCUGAAUAUGUAUGUACAUUACUGGAUAUCAUUUUUUAAGUUGGCUGAUGAAACACACUCAAAGAAGCUGACAGCAGAUCCCUACACACUGUAGCUGGCAGCCGGCCACCAUUCCAAAGGCUAACAGCUAUCCGGAAUCCUAGGGACAACUCUACCCUAAACCCUAACCAAAACCUUAAUCCCUACCCUAACCUUGACCCUUACCAUAACCAUUUUACAUUUCAACUUCAAUGGGGUAGUGACGUCCCAAGGAUCCCGGAUAGCAAGGACCCAUUCCAGAGCCAUACCUUGUUGUCUCCAUGGAGACGAGCUUAUAUGGUCAUUUGGAGGGUUUCAUCACAGAACCGUGAUGUGAAGUCCCACCUCAAAUGUUUGGCUGUAUUCGGAUAAAGAUGGCUAUGGAAGUCAUUGAGUGACCUUAAAUGGUCUUUUACACUGUACAGUAGGCCUGAAAUCCCAUCAAUCAAACCAGCUGUAAUCCCAUCAAUCAGCUGAAAUCCCAUCAUUUAAACCAGGUUCACAUCGGUUGGAGAUGCUUGAAUGACAGAAACAGUCACCUCCAAGAGAGCUCAAGCAUCACAUGACAGAGGUUCAAGGGCUCCAGUGAGGUUGUCAUGGAAACCAUGUUUCCCCUCUUUACACCCCCCAGUGGUCCAGCAGGAGACUGCUUUGUACCAUCUUGGGUAUUCCAUACAGAAGUUACCAUAAACACAGAGAAUGCCAUGGCGAACAGCAUAAGAUCAUAUGGAAUACAACACUAUCACCUCUCUAGCUCAGAGAAUAGUAUUGCAAGGCUGUUUAAUUACAUCCUAACUUUAAAGGUGUGGGCAAAAACCUAUGUAAUGAAACGGUUGAGCAAGCAUUCCAAUAAAACAGGCAAUAGCAUGGCUGAGAAAAAACCCAUCUCUUAUGUGGGGUAAUGACAUGCUGUAAGUUUGGCCACCAGACUUGGUCAUCUGAGUGUCUGAGAAGACGCCUCUCCAAGCAGUUAAACAAUAACCAUAUACUUUUGCAAAGGUGGAGCCCUCAAGUCUGUUAUUACUUCAGCUACAAUAUAAAAAUUCCCACACAUUUCAUUAUUCAAGUGCUCCAGAUUAAGUGUUUGUGGUUGAAGCACUACAGAGUUUCAUUCAGUGUAGUUUUUGGGGCAUAAAACUAUCUGAUGUUAGAAAGAUUCAUAGCAAGGUUAAAGAACAACUCUAAAAUGUUAAUUUUGGCCCCCAAUUGGGGUCUGACAUUCCCCAUUAUGCAACAUCAUGCUUAUGAUUAACUGUUUACUUAUCCCGCAUUAGUUCAUUGCCCUCUAACAUUAUAUGAGGUGACCAGUGGGAGGAGCUAUAGGAGGGUGGGCUCAUUGUAAUGGCUGGAAUGGAAUGAAUGUAAUGGUAUCAAUCACAUCAAACAUAUGGAAACCACAUGUUUGACUCCAUUCCAUGCCACUACAAUGAGCCUGUCCUCCUAUAGCUCCUCUCACCCUCCUCUGGAGGUGACAGUGCAAGUCAAGGUGUGCCCUAUAUGUGUUUGUUUAUUUAUGGGGAGGUUGAUGUUUUUGACAGCCCUUGGUUCACCUGCAGGAGGAGCUGUAGCUCAUCACAUACUCAACAGAUAAAAAGAGAGAAAUCUUUCCUUCUUUAGUGGGGUGAACAAAUCCACAGCGCUGGAGAGAGAGCAUAGCGGUAGAGAGAAAGGGGGAGGGACAGAGACAGCAGUCAGUGUGACAGAUAAGAGCGGCGGAUGACUUGUCUCUCUCUGAAUGCACCGUGAGCAAGAGAGCAAGUAAGUGCACAAGGGUGCCUGCCAAAGCAGCUCUGCACACACACACACAAAUACACACACACACACAGACUCCACAGCCUGCCACAGACAGGUAGCGUGUGAGGAGAAAAGAGUCUCACAACGAAGUUUCCAGGUGGGUCGUCAGAGGUUUCCCAAGCCGAGUCUACAGUGUAAUGGGUUGCCCAGACCGGAGGCUUUUCCUCUGAUCCUGCAAAGAGGUUGGCGUAUUCCUGCAACGAGAACUAGUCCUCACAUUGAGCGACCCUGGGCAUGGAGAAGCUGACAGAGAAAGAGAAGGAGCUGAUCCGAGUCAGCUGGGAGAGUCUUGGCAAGAACAAAGUUCCACACGGAGUCAUCAUGUUCUCCAGACUGUUUGAACUAGAGCCUGCACUCCUCAACCUCUUUCACUACAACACAAACUGUGGCACCACACAAGACUGCCUCUCCAGCCCUGAGUUCCUGGACCAUGUCACAAAGGUAAUGUUGGUGAUCGAUGCAGCAGUCAGUCACCUGGACAACCUCCAUACCUUGGAGGAUUUUCUGCUCAACCUGGGGAAGAAGCACCAGGCAGUCGGGGUUAACACCCAGUCCUUCGCUGUGGUGGGGGAGUCCCUUCUCUACAUGUUGCAGUGCAGUCUGGGUCAGGGGUACACAGCCCCGCUGCGUCAGGCCUGGCUCAACAUGUACACCAUUGUAGUGGCGGCCAUGAGCAGAGGAUGGACCAAGAACGGAGAACACAAGACUGACUGAAACAUAAGCUUGGGGUCUGCUACCAGUUGCUGUCUUAUCACCCUCAUGGUUGCUAUGGAGUAAGGUUGUAUAACUCACAGCAUAAAGGUUUGAUUGCUGUAUAUGGUGAACGAAUGGCGUUAUCACACUUGACACAACAAAUAAUGGUCGAAUCACCUGGUGUUCAGAGUUAACUGUUUUUGCUGUGGAUGUUGUAGCUGCCAGAGUGCUGCUAUAACGUUGUGGGGAUGUUAUGGGUCAGCCAUCUUUGGUCUGCAGUUUGAGUUCCUCAUAUUAGAGGAAGCAUAGGGUUAAAUUAAGGUAAUAACUGAAAUUGCUUUGUAAAUAAUGCCUUGAUGUAUCUACUCAAGUAAUUACAAUGAUUGUGGUGGUUUUUGUGAUGUAUCUUAGAGUCACACAAUUGUCAAACACUGGCUAUAUUGGCUGUAUUACUUGGCUGGAAUGGGCAGCUACGAUAUGGGCCCUCUCCCAAAUCAAACCAGGGAUAUAGAAACAUUGAUCACAAAAGUACAGUAUGUCCAAGAUUAUUGUUUAGAGUGAUUGUCAUGAUUCUAUCUUUAUAUCUUUGAGUUAAGCUAGGUACCUGAUAAUGGCACAUACUAAUGAUCUCCUUUCUCUGUGUGUGUCCAUGACCUGGAGUGUAACAAUCCUUAGAGGUCAUCUUGAUUCUUAAAGCCAUUGGUAUUAUUAACAAACACAUUACUUUUGAUGAUGCUCAAUAGAAAAUGACAAGAACUGUUCAUGUAUUCUAAAGCUUUUCUAUGUGAUCUCUAUGACUGUUAGGGUGUCCAUGUGCACCUUUGUCUGAAAUGUGUAUGUGGCACUCUCCUCUCCUCUGACAGUAGAGGUUGUAAAGCCCACGUUGCCAUAUGCGUAUUACCAUAAUAUUUCAAUAGGCUUCAACUGACUGUUACUUAUUCUAAAAUAAAAGGUUAUUCUCCUCUCUUGAGUUCUAGCUAAUUGAUGUAAUGGAACUCAACAGUAGAUUAUUUGCUUGAGGGUCUUUGGGCUUGACUUAGUUUAGGCUCAUUCAGUUUUCACUAAUUGUAAAUGUAAAGUGGUGUUGAACCACAUACUGUAUCUAUAUAUUGUAAAUACUGCUAUCAUAUGUUGUAAACAGGCCAGAAAUAUAGUAGUACUCUAUUUUGGCUUUUUGGACCCAGUAGGUAAUUGACAAAGCCAGGAUUUAUUCAUACAUUUUUUCCUUCCCUAUUUAGCUCAUAGUACUGCAAAGUUAAGAGCUUUUGGAGCUUGGAGUAGCUUUCUGUGGACAACCGUAAAGCAUUUAUUGAUAAACAAAUUUCACUACAUCCUACCUGAAAUAGUAAGCAAUGAUAGUUAGAGAUGAUAGAGAUGAUACUUAGAGAUGUGUACGUCCUUUUUGCUGCUAUGAACACAUUUACCUAUAUGUUUCUAUACAGUGUGUAUCAGUCGUUAUCUUCCUGUACAUUGAAAGUCACAAUGCCAAGUUAGCUAUAAUACACCAAGUAUUUAAUAAUAACACUACACUACUGUAUAUCCAAUCUGCUGAUAUGUGGUGAAUAUUGCUUCAGUCUGAGAUUACUUUUAUACAAUGUAUUUUUGUAUUUUCAAGUGUUUUACGUAUGUGAAUGACUAUAUGCCAUUGCGAACACAGUUUUUUCAAACUGUUACGUUAACCACAACAUUUAUGUAAAACCCAUCUAUUUUUCUUUUAAUUUGCAGCACAAGGCUGUUAAGCGUUUUAAGUAUUGAUGAGUGAGCUUUUAUCCUUAAGUCAUGAUAAAUGUAAGAGAGACAUUUGUCCUCAAUCAGUAUAAUUGCCAUAUUAUCAAUGUGUGAUCCCUAAAAGGAUGUCUGUUGGCAUUGAAUACACAACCAUUUCAUUACCAUUUCUAAAGGAGAUCUCACUUUAUCUUUCCUUUCAAUCAACUGUGAGCUUUAUUUUCAGGCCAUGGCAGCACUACUAAUUCAGAUUUGUUCCUCUCUCCCACUUUCCAACUAGCAUAAUGAGUUUCCCUUACCAGAUCAACCCUUCUCCUGAAUCAAAAAGCAUUAUCAAUAGAGAAUCUACAUUGAACGUGCUUUUUAGUUCAAGAAUAAGCUUCAUCUGAGUCUAGGAAACCAGACCUAUGAGUUGAACACAUUUUCUAAUAUGUCUAUACAUGGCACUAGGCAGAUUGCUGUGUGUAUUGUCUCUAUUUCCAAGAUCUGAGAGUAGGCCUGUUUUGUGUGUAUGUGUGAAUUGCAUCGGUACAUUUAAAUAACAUGAAAUUCUGUUUAUGAGUGUCUCAAUGUCUACCUCAUCAACUCGGCUGCGAAGAGCAAUGAUUUCAACUAUCCUUUAACCAAAAACACAUGACACUUAAUGCAAAUACAUACUCCCUCAACCAAACAGCUCGUAAAAUGGACCCCAUCCUAUACUUAUGUAAUGUGUUGUGUGCUUACUCAAUUAAUAGUAAAUAAAGGUGAUCUUUUGUGGACAUACUACUGAAAAAAGA